CGUUGUUUCUUUCGCCUUUCUUCCUCACACAUGGAAACUUCAUUUCAACUUCAUCACUGCUGUACACUCCGACUCGGUCCUUAAAUUUGCUUUAAUCAGCUCGUCACAUUCCUCUUUUCUAUUCGAGCAUUUUCUAAAGCCUUAUCCUGAGCUCGGUUUCUUUCCCUUAGUUCCCUUAUAUCUUGCUGGUUGGGCAUCCCAUUCAGCACCGUCCAUUUGGAAUCUGCUGGUUGCGAGCUUUGCAAUCCUCCUUUUUUCGUUUUCUUUCGAAUGGAUAGUGCAAGAACGAGUCAGGUUUUGAAAUUGAAUAUUCUAGUAUUUCUAUUGAUCUUGCUGAAAGCAGAAGGCUUCUUUGUACCAAUCACUUAUAUUGAGAAUGCAGUGGCUAAAGGAGCUGUUUGUUUGGACGGGAGUCCACCAGCUUACCACUUUGAUAAGGGUUUUGGAUCAGGGAUUAACAACUGGCUCAUACACAUUGAGGGAGGAGGAUGGUGCAACAAUGUCACCACGUGCCUUUCCCGAAAGAGCACUCGCUUAGGUUCUUCUAAGCAAAUGGCCAAGCAGGUUACCUUCUCUGGAAUUCUAAGCAACAAGGAAAAAUUUAAUCCAGAUUUCUACAAUUGGAAUAGAAUCAAAGUUAGGUACUGUGAUGGUGCGUCAUUCACCGGUGAUGUGGAAGCUGUGGAUUCAGAUACAAAUCUUCACUUCAGAGGAGCAAGAGUUUUCGUUGCUGUCAUUGAGGAUUUACUGGCUAAAGGAAUGAAAAAUGCUCAAAAUGCUAUCCUCUCUGGCUGUUCAGCUGGAGGAUUGACUUCUAUAUUGCAUUGUGAUCGCUUUCGAGCUCUAGUGCCUGCGGGGGCUAAAGUGAAAUGUUUUUCAGAUGCUGGUUACUUCAUUAAUGCAAAGGAUGUCUCAGGAGCACAACAUAUUGAACAAUUUUACAGUCAAGUUGUUGAAACACAUGGUUCAGCUAAAAAUUUACCUCGAUCCUGCACUUCAAGACUCAGCCCAGGACUCUGCUUCUUCCCACAAUACGUGGCACCACAAAUCACUACCCCGAUUUUCUUUGUAAAUGCAGCCUAUGACUCAUGGCAGAUAAAAAACACCUUGGCACCGGGUGUCGCUGAUCCCCACGGCCACUGGCAUAGCUGCAAACUUGAUAUAACCAAGUGCUCACCCGAUCAAAUUGGUAUCAUGCAUGGUUUCAGGUUGGACUUUUUGAAGGCAUUGACCGUUCUGGGCAACUCUCUGUCGAAAGGAAUGUUUAUAGACUCUUGCUAUGCCCACUGCCAAACAGGAACGCAAGAGACAUGGCUAAGAAGUGACUCUCCAGUGCUGCACAACAGAACAAUUGCGAAAGCAGUAGGAGACUGGUACUUUGAACGAAGUCCUUUCCAUCAGAUUGAUUGCCCCUACCCAUGCAACCCCACUUGUCACAACCGUGUUUUCGAGUCGGACCAUCCUACAGUGUAGAUUCAUUUCAUGUCAUAGUAUAUCAUCGUUAUGAACUGUACUCAGGCCUAAUUAGCUUGAUCUUGAAUAAGAAAAAAAUGUGUGAUUUAUAUUUUAUAAUUUAUCAAGCCAUCAAGGUAAGUAGAGGCUGCCACUGCACUAGGCUUGUUUGCUGGGUGUCCUCCAAUGAUUGUUCAAUGUUACAACUUCCGUAUUCCUAAAUCUUAAUAGAAUUUAUUCGUUCUAUGUUGCUACUA